GAACGACACAAACAGGCUGCUCACUCGACCGUUCGCCAUUUUUCCCGAGUUAAAUCAACACUGAGAUCUCGGUUAGUUGCGCUUCACGUUCCCCAUCAGUGGGACGGAGCGAUGUCCGGCGGCGGACAUAGCGCUGGAACGCGGUGUGUGGCGCGGACGGGAUUCCUCAUCGGGGACCAGCGGCUGACUGGAAAUCACUGGUGAAUCAAUUAGAAAAAUCAAUACGUCACGUGUUUUGUGUUUUGGACGGAAUGUGAGUAGCGAGCUCCCAGUCAGGAUUCUCCUCUCAAAGAUCAGUGAGGGCAUUCACUUCAUGCUCGGUUGGCCGUAGCCCCGCAUCAGUAUUUGUAUGAUCGGCCUGUUGAGGAGGACACACGGCGUUACUUUCAGGACCAUGUUCUCCUUCUUCAACUCGACUCAUCUGAGGGUUGGUUCCGAUCGUUAACACCGAGACUCCGUUCGAUCCGACCCGAGACCGAGCCGACACAGUCAUGGCUAAAACCCCAUCCGAGGGACCGAUGGAUGACCUGAGCCAGCACACGGACGAGGAGCUGCAGCGGCUCAGCAAAGAGGAUCUGCUCCGGAGACUGAGGAAGGUGGACGGGGAGAAAAUGAACUUGAUGAUCGAGCACGGGAACAUGAUGAAAGACAUCAACCGGAGGCUGCAGGUGCACCUGCACGAGAUCCGGAGCCUGAAGGAGAUCAACCAGAAGCUGCAGGACGACAACCAAGAGCUCCGGGAGCUCUGCUGCUUCCUGGACGACGACCGGCAGAAGGGCAAGAAGCUGUCCCGGGAGUGGCAGCGCUUCGGCCGCUUCACUGCCAGUGCCAUGUGGAAGGAGGUGGGCACCUACAUGCUGAAGCUGAAGGAGCUGGAGGCCAACCAGGACACCGUGCUCCGGGAGAACACUGAGCUGAAGGAGAUCAUCUUCAUGCUGGACGAGGAGAGGAACGGAGCCGGGUCCAGGAGCUCCAUAGACAGCCAGUCCAGCCUGACCAACCUGAACGGGGGCACCGGCACGGUCCGGGAUGUCGGGGACGGGAGUAGCACGUCCAGCACAGGUAGCGCUGGGAGCCCCGAUCACCACAACCACAUACACAAGCCCUCAGAGAACAGUAAGGUGGGCCCCACCAUGAGGAGGUCCAUGGAUGACCUGUCAGCACCACACCAUCACAGGAGCAUCCCCAAUGGACUCCAUGAUCCCUCCUCCAACUACAUCAGACAGCUGGAGACGAAAGUGCGGAUCCUGGAGGACGAUAACAAUAAGCUCCUCACACAGCAGUGUAACCCAGGUGACCUCCGUGUCCUGAGGAAGGGAAUGACCCUCUACCACUCCGAGUCUCAGCUGUCCUCACUGCCCCAGCGCCAGGACGCCAUGCACAUGGGAACGGGUCGUCUCCCGACCAGCGAGUCCUCCCCUGCCACAGGCUACUUGUCCUGUGUCCAGAAGCCAGAGGCUGUGGUGCACGCCAUGAAGGUGCUGGAGGUCCACGAGAACCUGGACAAGCAGGUUCCUGAGGACUACGAGGACGAUCUCAGUGAGAAAGAGAAGGCCAUCGUGCGAGAGAUGUGCAACGUGGUGUGGAGAAAGCUGGGAGAUGCGGCGGGAUCAAAGCUGUCCGUCAGACAGCACCUCUCUGGGAACCAGUUCAAAGGGCCGCUGUAGCACAGCAGCCGGCGAGAGAUGGAGGGGGAAAGAGAGAGAGAGAGAGAUGGGGAUCUACAGUACCUGCACUCACCUGAAAACACCUCUUACUGCCAGGACCCAUAAUGCCGUGCUCCCCACUGCCUACAGCGCUCCUUCAACAAGCACGCUAUCGAGACGGGCCAAGAUAGACACAUUAACGGACCUGUUAGUCACAUGUACUUUCCAUGUUUUUAAUCUCUCAGAGCUUACAUUGACUACUGGCAGCUAGUUUCACUGAUUCGCCACUUUUCUUUGUCGCUUUCCGAGGCUAACCAGCUCCACGACGGUCUCUCCUGUAAAACCCCUACAGACACACACACACGCACACACCACUUGUAGUCCUUCAGAGCAAAAGCUACGCUACACAAAGCUAGCGUCGUGACAUGGUUUCAAGUACAGGACUCAUUCGGCCGCAGGGGGCGGAGUGUUCUCACACGUUUGGAUGUGAAGGCAGCGUCGUGGCCGUAUCUUCGGAUAAGUCGUGAUAGUACUGUACCUCCCAUAGAGACCCUACCCCUAUCACAUGUAUCGCCCUCCCCCUAGUGGUCAACGAGUGUAACUAGCAGUAGCAUUCUAAAGUGUUAACCAAGUGAAACCCACUGUGACCUAGCGCCUUUUUGCUCAUAAGACUAUGGAUAAUGAAGUCUAGAGAUCACUGUUAACUUGUGUAUAUUAUGUAUAAAACCAUGGCACUACUUCAUUGUUAUUGUUGAUUUUACUUUUAUCUGUUUUGUAUUCUAGCGUGGCCAUGUGAUCAAUAAUCUAGUUGGAAAAAGCACACGCUGCCGGACCUUAAACAGGGUUUGGGUUAUUAACUUUAAUUUUUUUUAUUAUUAUUAUUAAUAUUCUCUUCCAGGUGAUUCGCUAUUAUUCCUCCUUCUGUGUAACGUCCGAAAAUGUAUCAAGGCCAUUUUGAAUCAAACCAUCCAUGAGUUUAUUGGAUCGAUCACUUUCUUACUUUGUGAAAUUAACUAAAAUUGUAUGCUGUGUGCAUGCUCGACAAUCAUUUUCUCAGGUUGGGAGGGCUACAGCUUUACCUUUGCCCAUCUGUGACUGUGAGAGUGUGUGUGUGUAUGUGUGUGAGAGAGAGAGAGAGAAAGAGAGUGAGUAAGUGUGGUUGUGUGCGUGUGCAUGUGGGUGUGUAAAAGGAAAAUGAAAGCUUCUCUUGCAGCUGUAGCAUCUGCCUGUGAAUCCUCUCUUCUGUUGUUUGAACCCUGGUUACAGCACGGUUGAAGAAAGCUGAAGACAUUUGCUGAAUCCAUACUAAAAGCCUCGUCCCAUUAAUGCUGAUAAAAAUUUCAAGACCAAAUACUAAAACCCCCCCAGGUUCAGUUUUGACUCCUUUUUGGGAUCACUCUGAGUUCUUUGGUUUUAUAUAUCGUCAGUAGAUGAAAAGGUCUGUUUUUUUAUGUCAUUUCUUCUGCUCUGACCUUUUCUGUAGUCAUGGAUUCAGCAGGUGUGUUUACGCAGCGCAUGUUUCUUAAAGUUGUUUUUUCUUAGAAUACGAGAGAUAAGUCUUCCCUUAGAUGUCUUUUUUGAAAAACACUAACAUUUAAAAAUGAGUAUUUCUUGAUGUCAGAAUGAACAAAACGCUGUUCGUCACAGUAUUUAUUGCCAGGUGUCAGAUAGAGAUGGGAGCGCUGUCUGGAACUGCUGAGUCAUGUUGAAUUUAUCAGAUUGACUUUAUCUGAUCGGUCCAUUGAAUGACUGACAGCUCGGGCUCUCCCACCUCUAGUGUUAUUUGUUCCAAAUUAGAACAUUUCAGAGGCUGCCCGCCAUGCGCCUCUGCGCUCUCAAAUAAUGGGUCAAAAUAAUAAUAAUAAUAAAUCAAAGUAUGGUUUUUAAAAGUGUCCUUUUUUCUAGGAACUGAUUUGAAGCCAUGAUACAAUUUUGAAUACUUUCUAUAUAUAAAUAAAUAUAUAUAUGGCAUUUGAUUUGAGAUGUGCCACGUUUUUCUGCAUGGUGAUUUGAUUUGGUCUUUUUUAACAAACAUCUAUAGUGUUUUUUUUCUGCUUAUAUGCUAAAACCACAGUAAAGAAUCCUGGAGUCUACAGCGUCAAUAAAUGUCAAUUCCUGCAAUAA